AGCCUGUUGUCCUUGACGUACUCACGUGAGGUGCGCGAUACCCACAACCAUGGAGAAGGUAGCAAGCGAAAUCGCAGCGUCGACCGAAAAAAUAAAAAUUAUCACUACACAGAGCAGUACCGCGAAUUGGAAGGUUUGCGCAGUGAAAUUGUACGCAAUAUUGCCGUUACACAACAGCUGAGCUACUCCCGACGCGGUGAAAUAUUGCUUCAGACCAUACAGGAGUUGGCUGCCAGGUUGAACAUGCAGAAAAUCGUUGAGAAUAUUGAAGGUGCUGGUUACCAGCAACAGCAAUAUCUACAGGUGCAGCAGGAAAUCGACCAAAUUACGCAGCAAUUACGAAAGCUCAUUGAUCAAGUGCGUCAAGAGGCGAACAUAAGCGAGACAAGUGAAGAAACUCUCUACAUCGUGGCCAGUAUUAUUAAUGGUAAAAUAAUUCUCGAACAGCAGCAACUUUCGAUUGAAGCUCAACGCAUCUUGCAAGAUUUGCAGCAAGAAAUAAAGCGCAUUGCCGAAGUUGAAGUUGGUCAAGUAGAUGAGGUGAUUCCGCUCGCCCUGCUGGCCGGUAAAUUACACAGUCCCGUUACUCAACAGACGAUUCUCUCGCUUGCACAGCUUAUCGAUGAAUACCGUCAGCAAUUGCAACCAUACACCCAGAACCAACUGAGGGGUGACGGCGACAUUGUUGUGCAAAAAGUUCUGAUCGAUCCUUUGGUCACCUACACUGAGUUUGCCGAUGCGGACCUUGCCAAUCUAAUCGAUCAACAAAUUUUGCAAUCAAACACCAACAAUCGGGAGCGUCUUAGCAUGAAGGUCGUGGCACGUCAGCAGCGUUUGAAUUACGAACCCUUCACCAUUUCAAUCGACAUCCAAUCACAACGUCCCCAAGAAGUCGAUAUUCGCAUUUUGCUUGGCCCACAAAUCGAUUACAAUGGCCGUCGUGUAUCUUUGGCUGAACACCGCCAGAACUUCAUUGUAAUUGAUGCUUUUGUACAAAAAUUGCAGGGCGGAGAUAACCAAAUCCGGCGCUCCUCACAAGAAUUUAACGGAUACAGCAACGACGUUUCAACCAUGAGUCAGAUUUACCAUCAUGUAAUGACAGGACAUAAACAACAAUAUGGCAAGCAACAAUAUGGCACCAUCCGUCAGCUGCCCGAACAUCUUCUGUUACCCCGUGGAACUACUGUUAAGGGAGGCUUGCCCGUGCAGAUAAUGGUUGUAGUGACUCCACUGAGUCAACAAGAUGACUUCUUGCAGGGAGAGAGUGUAAACACGAAGCAAAUCAGUGGUUUUGGAAUCGCGGGCGUCGAUUUAGAUCAAUUACCUUUGGGCUACCCAUUAGACAGACAAAUUAUCGGCGGUCAGAGCUUAAAUGUUCCGAACAUUCUGACAACUGAAACUGUGAUUCACUACGACAGCCGAAUUCGCGAUUGAAAUUGACCCACUCAGCUGGAAACUGCAAGAUAAAAACAAUUUUUUUUACCGACAAACUAAAACACUUUGAAAUUUAAAAUGAAAUAUUUUUAAUAUUAAAAUUAUAUGCAAUUGUUAAAAUUGGUUUCUCACAGUACAUAAAUAAACAAUAUUUUGAUUUCCAAAACGAA